AGAAGUGACAUAUGUUUAGUCACGAGUUAAUAAUUGUAAAAAUAGUUGAUCUAUAGCUGUAAAGUAUUUUUUCAAUUAAUAUUAAGUGUAAUGAAUUUUGUAUAUGAUUUGUCAAUAUUAAAUUGGAUUAUUUUAUAUGUAAGUUAAUGUAAGUGAGAUGUCUGUGUUUAUUUUUGUAUUCUUUAAUAUAUGUAAUAAAAUUGUAAAUAAAUACUACUAUAAAUCUUUCUAAUGGAACAGAGUUUAGAUACUUGUGUAAAAUGUUCAUAAUGAUUUUGCAAUUAGGUGCACCUAAGAUAAGCGCAGAUGUCUGUAAGUUCCUUUCAAUUUGUAAAAUAUAUAUUAAAUUUGUAAGCAACUACACAGCCAUCUAUAUCUUUCUAAUAAAAUAGAGUUUAGAUGAACUGGACCUUUAUGAAUAUUCUAAUAGGUGCGACUGAUCUAGGGUAAGUGUAAACAAGAACAUCCUUUAUUGAUUAAAUUAUUUCAAAUAUUUAUGUGUUUACUUGAUUUUAAUUUAGGUUUAAACAUAGUUGUUGCUAAGUGAUUAUUUUUAUCAUCAUACACACAUUUACAGAAUCAACUUUGUCAUAAUCAAUUUUGCAGUUUUAUUGAACAAAAUCACUCAUUAUGACUGGCAGGUUGGAGCGUGUUGGCAUUCAUCAGCCUUAUCAGUUGUCAAGUUAUACUGGAUUAUGUCCUGAUGUACAAUACCGUAUAGGUAAAAGUUUUGGUAUAGCAACGCAUCUGGCUAUGUGUGAUCCUAAAGUAUCUCAUGCAGAGAAACUUGCUCUUUCACGUAAUGUUGUUGAGGACUCCAAUGAAGACUAUGGAGCAAGAAAAAAGAUUGUUGCAGAUAAUAUAAGGAAACAGCUGAUACAAGAAGUAAUGCUUCUAAAAGGUACAAGAAGACCACGAAAUUUAAAAGAUCGCAUGUCACUGGACUGCCCUCGUGUCCCUCUAACACCAGUCACUGUAGUAUGUAAAGGAUACAAACGCCCAGCUCGAUACAGUUAUAGCUGUCUGGCCAGGACUUUGCAUUGACAUUCUUUAUUGCAUAUUGUUCUAAUCACAAUAAAGAACUAACAAGUA